CAAUCGUCUAGUGAGGUCUGUGUGAUUCUAAAUAUGUGGUUGCGCACGUACACUUACUAAAGGGUUUAAACUCUUUACUACUGAUCUUGAUCUGUAAAGUGAUCGGCUGUUCCGCAGCCCUUAUUCCUGAGGCACCCCCGGGCAAUGCAGUUGGCUGAGGAUGCGCUACAAUGAGAAGGAGCUGUUGUGCCUCUCUAGGCAGAGAGCUGAGAAGGCGGCUGAGCUGGGCAUGAGAGGCCCGAAGAAAGGGAGCGUACUGAAGAAGCGCCUGGUAAAAUUGGUUGUGAAUUUCCUCUUUUAUUUCCGCACAGAUGAGGAGGAGCCCAUUGGAGCUUUGCUGCUUGAACACUGCCGAGUAUCAAAAGAGGAUGAAAAAGGAUUUUCCAUACAUUUUAUAGACGAGCCAGAAAAAAAGUACAUGUUCGAGUGCAGUAGCCAGGAGCAGUGUGUCGAGUGGGUAGAAGCUCUAACUAAUGCCAGCUAUGAGUUUAUGAGGAGAAGUCUAAUGUUUUAUCGCAAUGAGAUCCUGAAGAUGACAGGGAAGGACCCACUAGAGCAGUAUGGGAUUUCUGGAGAGUCACGUUUCCAGUUAGAGAAUGCAAGCUUGUGAAUGAACUCGUCCAUAUCAGAGACCUACAGUUCUAUGCAUUUCUCACACACAGGCCUAAGUUUCCUGCUUCCAAGGCAACUACAAAAUAGACUUCACGCUUAUCUCCAGGACCACAUUUGCAAGCCUCUCACUGCUCAUAUAGACUUGUAGCUAGGACAGUGAGUUUUACACACAGAAUACACAUUAGUAGGGAAGAAUCUUUAGUGAAUAGUAGAAAUUGUAUAUUGCAAAUACAGAAUCAUGCUGUAAACUGUAAUGGCACUGCAUCCAAUGACUUACAUGGUGGCAAAGAAUUCAUUCCUCCAUUUCAUGGAGGUUAAAUAAGAAAUCUGCUUUAGGAGAUGCCUCAAAAGGAAUGAAUGGCAUCCGUGUUACCAAAUAAAUCAAAUUUUGUUUAUGGGAGAACUUUGCGCUAGCUGAAAGUAUUCUGUAUCUUACCCCAAAAUAUAAUCAGAGGUGCUGUGGACACAAAUAAUGAAACUGCAACUAAACAUGAUGGCUUUUGUGAACAGAGCAACAAAGAUAAGGUUAACGGUGGCAAUGGGUACUUUAACAGCACCAGAGAGUAGUUUAGGUUUAAAGGAGAACUAAAGCCUAACUAGUGGGCUAGAAAUGUUGUACAGUACAUUGUUUUGGGCCAGGGAAACCACAACCCUUUAGCAGUCAAGAUCUGUGUCUCCAAAGAUGCCCCAGUAGCUCCCCAUCUUCUUUUCUGCUGAUCCACUGCACAUGCUCUGUGCUGCUGUCACUUACUGAGCUUAGGAACCCACUCACAAUAUACAGUACACAUAGAAUAUAAAUGUCACAAUAUAAGGUUGAUUAGUAAUUAAUACAGAUAAUUACUACAUGUCCGCUCAGAAACCAGUGCAAUUAGCAUCAGACUUUAAUAAUCUGCCCUGUAGCAUCAGCUUAUAUGACAGGCCAACCUCAUUUUCUGAUUGAUAAUUAGUGACGACCCCUAAGCUUAGUUUCUCAACAGCGGCUCAGAGCCCACUGAGCAUGUGAGUGUCACAGACACUUUCCAAGAUGGUGACCCCCUGUUACAAGUUUGAAGUCCUGGAUCAUUGCUGAUAUUGAGAAGCCUAAACUUUAGUCAGGUGCAAUAAGUUCAGUAUAUAAAAUAUGGCAUUUUUAGCCAUAUUCAUUUUUAGGGUUUAGUUCUCCUUUAAAGAAAAAAGCUACAUGUAUGCUUUGCUCUUGAUUGUAUACAUUGCCCAUAUAAAUGCAAAAGUACAAGGGAGUCCUUAAAUACAGGCAAUCAUUUUUUAAAUGAGGCCUUUUAGUGUGACCUUAAUGACAUAUUGUGUGCCUUUAAUUAUUUUACUGAACUUGAAUUAUUGAAGAAUUAUUCUGUGCAGCUGUAGUUCUAAUUUAUUUUGAUUUCUUUUUUUUUUAAAUAACUUGUACAUCUUAAGCUUUUCAUUAGUAAGCAUUGCUUUUGUUUCACCAAUGCUAGUCCUGUGGCCCAUGAUGUUCUUAGUCCAAUGGUGGCACACCGUGAUGGAGAAUCGGUGAAUAAUGUGUCCUUUUCUAUCUGAAAUAGGCAUGGCAUUCAUGUUGUGCCAUAAAUACUGCGCUCCAUAUAUUCUUCAAUAUAUUAGUGGCCCAAGUGAGCAUAUGGGCUAUAUGGUGCAGUCUUCACCAGAAAAAGUCAUUGGUCCAUAAAGCACAACAUUAUAAAGGUUAUGCAAAGUAUUGUAAUAUAAUUGCCAAACCGCUCUAGUUCACUGAUCUUUAACUGUAACAGUCCUGCUAACGAACUUCCUUUAAAUCUAUAGCAUUAGAAAUAACAAUUCUGUGAACAGCACAGUCCACAAAUGAACCCUUUUACAUCUCUUAUUGUGCAGUGACAGGAAAUGGCCAGUUACAUUAAACCACAGUGGUGGAAAAAUGUUGUUUAUGUUGAAAGGAAUGCAACAGCAGCCGUCUACAAUCCCUACAUAGCAUGGGAAUCCAUCAGUUGUUGUUUAUACAAGGGAUAUUGAUCCUUCCACAGUGCAGCUACCUCAGGUUGCAAAUAGCACAGGCCCAAAACACAACUCGAGGCAGGGCAAAGCAAUAUUCAAAAUAACCUUUAAGUGCUUUACUUUUAUACAACAGAUAAUGUUAAUCGACUCAUAUCAGGAACAAUUUACACUGUGAAGCAUUCAUUAUUUGCUCUGGUACUGGUCCUUCUAACUAAAUUGCCACUUGGAAAAGAUUUAUUGUAUUAUGAUUUGCUGUAUUGAAAUAAACUUGUUCUAUGUU